AAUAGAACAUAUGACAAGCGACCAUUUUUGUUUAUAAAGUGCAGAUAAAAAUAUAUAGCACCCAAAAGAAAAAUCUAAAAACAAUCAAAUAAUGAGAGACACAGAAAUCUUAGAUCCAAGAAAUUUAAUCAAAAACAGAGAAGUACUUUACCGCCUUAUUAUAGGCCAACUCAUGUACGAUGGGUUAGAAAAAUUUGCAAAGGAGCUUUCGCUUCUAGUCAAAGCUGAUGAAUGCUCACCCACCGAGCAAUUACUUCACAUAAUGAUUGCCGGAAUGCAAGCAACAUCAAAUGCCAAAGAAACUAACGUCUAUGAUGAUGUUCUUCCUGGCAUCGAUCUUGAAUUUGAGCCUGAAGGCUCAUCACUUGCCCCUGAACCGGCUUCCUAUGAGACUGCUUAUGUUACUUCACACAAACAAUCUUGUCGUGCUGGAGCAUUCAGUCACGAUGGGCAAUUAGUCGCCACUGGCAGUGUUGAUGCUAGUAUCAAAAUUCUUGAUGUCGAUCGAAUGCUUGCCAAAUCUGCACCAGAAGAUUUGGAACCCGGUCGUGAGCAACAAGGACAUCCUGUUAUUCGCACACUCUACGAUCAUACCGAUGAAGUGUCAUUCCUUGAAUUCCAUCCUAAAGAGCACAUUUUGGCUUCAGGUUCUCGUGAUUGUACUGUAAAAUUGUUUGACAUUGCUAAGCCAUCGGUGAAAAAGGCUCACAAAGUUCUAACUGACUGUGAAGCGGUAUCUUGUUUGUCGUUUCAUCCGACUGGGGAUUAUAUUGUAGUGGGUACAGAGCAUCAUGUACUUAGAGUGUUUGAUGUCCAGACUGCGCAAUGCUUUGUGAGUGCAAUUCCAUCACAACAACACAAGGCGGGAGUUUCGUGUGUUAAAUACGCUCCAACAGCGAAGUUAUAUGCCAGUGGCAGUAUUGAUGGAAGUAUUAAAUUAUGGGAUGGAGUAAGUGGUCGAUGUGUUAAUACAAUUGCUGAAGCACAUUCGGGUGCAGAAAUUUGUUCACUUCAAUUCUCAAGAAAUGGAAAGUAUCUCUUGUCAUCUGGAAAAGAUUCUAUUGUUCAUCUCUGGGAAUUGUGCACCAGUCGCAGCAUUCAGACUUAUACUGGUGCUGGAACAACUGGCAAACAAGAACACAAUACACAAGCGGUAUUUAAUCACACAGAAGACUAUGUAAUGUUUCCCGAUGAAGCCACAACUUCUCUAUGCUCUUGGAACUCUAGAAAUGGCAGUCGAUUGAAUUUGAUGUCAUUGGGGCAUAAUGGGCCCGUGCGGUAUAUUACGCAUUCGCCCAAUUCUCCAGCCUUUUUGACAUGCUCGGAUGAUUAUAGGGCUCGAUUUUGGUAUAGAAGAACUUCUAAUCAAUAAGGAAUAUAAUAUGAUGUAGUUUGUUAGAAUUUACAAACCAACCAUAAUGCAAAUAUCAAUAAGUUUUUUUUUGUCCCAAACAUCAACAAUUUUUGAUUGAAUAAAACUUUGUUUUAUUUGUUUAUACAGAAUAUUUAAAAAAUACAAGAUGCAAAAAAAUUCAAAAUAAAAA